ACAACAAUUAAAUCAGGAAAUGAAAAUGGUAACUCUCAUUGUGGCCACCACCAUCGAUCCGGCCUCCAUCAACCCAGCCACCGCGCUCUUGUCCAUGCCCGGCUGGCACCCUGGUCCUUCCUUCCAGGAACUUAAGAGCUUUGCUAAUCAACAAGUGAGACUUUUACAACACGACAAAGGCAUAGUAGUGGAGGAUGAUUUAGACAAUCGUUGGGAGGAAGCUACUGGUGAAGUUGUAAACGAUGUCAUAUUUCUCAGCAAACACACCGCCGUUUCGAACCGUCCUGCUCUUACUGUUCAUCCGAUCGGAGUGCCUCACUUGCGUGAAGGAGAGGUGACGCCACAGGGUGGCAGGCCUGGAUGGGCGGCGCCGCCCAAUCCAAGAAUUGGCCCGUGGCUCAGGCUCUUAAAGAAAAUUGCUCAGUCUCAUAAUUUAGUACCUGAAUUUGAGAUUACAUUGGAGGGUACACAUCAUGGACCCGUGACAAAUAAGCCGACUAUGUUUGUUGAAAUAGGUAGUACAGAGGAAUAUUGGAGGAGACAGGAUGCUGCUCAAGUCAUUGCUCUGUUAAUUUGGGAGGGACUUGGUCUUGGGGAAGGUGCAGCUAUAGGAAAUUGGAGCAGGGAGAAUGGCAAGAACAAGGUUCUUCUUGGGAUAGGUGGAGGACAUUAUGCACCUCGGCAUAUGGACAUAGCUCUGAAAGAUGAUGUAUGGGUAGGCCAUCUACUUUCUGGAUAUUCCUUGCCAAUGGAAGAUCCAAACCAGUCAAAAGCAGAUACCGUUGCAAAAGAUAUUGGUGGAACUUGGAAACAGGCCAUUAAAGCAGCUUUUGAUACUACGAAAUCAGCUUUUCCUGGUGGGGAAAUUUUGGCGCAUCUUGACCACAAGAGUUUUAAAGGCUGGCAGAAAAAUGCCAUUACUGGAUUUCUGAGUGAGCAGAAUAUCAAAGUUGGGAAGCCAAAUGACUUCAACUGAUAUGGAUGUUCGGUCUUGCGGACAGUUUCAUCAUUUCUUGAAAUGAGAAAGUUUGGGAGUUUGACAACUUGCCACAGACUCCAUCACAACAGAUUCCAUUACAGUAUAGAUUUAUAGUACAUGGAUCCAUUAGUGAUUACUAUCAAUCAGUUGUUCCUCAGAGGCCAGAGGGGUAUCGACAUUGAAAUCAAAAGCAAAUGAGACAGAAACAAAUAUAUAGAUGUAUAUGUUUUCUAAUACCAAAAUUAUAUCAUGAUUGUUUUUUAUCA